AUGUUUCGAGUACCCAACCCUUGUUGUAUUAAGACGAGACUAUUUACAACGUCGGUAAAUGUAAAAGAAGCGGCAAUUGAAACAGUUAACUUGGCUUUUGACAAAUAUCUGUUUGACCAGUCAACAAAGUCAAAGUCACCAUUGAUUAUUUUGCAUGGACUAUUUGGCUCUAAAGCUAAUACUCGCACUGUAGCCAAGCAAUUGUCUCAGCGUAUGAGACGAAAUGUUUACUGCUUAGAUUUGAGAAACUUUGGAUCAAGUCCUCAUAUUAAGCGACUAGAUUAUCCAAGUUUAUCUGCCGAUGUGGAAAGCUGGAUCGAAAAGCAAGAGUUUGAACAAAAACCGAUUUUGGUGGGCCACUCAAUGGGAGCCAAGACGGCAAUGGCGUUGGCGUUGAGAAAACCGCACGUACCGAAAUAUGUUGUUAGCGUUGACAAUGCGCCAAUUACUUUUGGCAAUACCGGCGCAAAAUUUGGCAAAUAUAUAAAUCAAUUACGGUUGGCAUUGGAAAAGUACAAGUAUACCGAUAUGAAGCAAGUGGAUGAGAAAUUUGCUGAAGUCGAACCGAAUAAGACUAUUAGGCAAUUUGUCAUGAUGAAUUUAUCAAGAGGAAAGACGAAUGAACCAAUCAAAUCAAAGAUACCGUUGGAUAUAAUUGGUGAUGCCAUUGCCAAGGGAUUUAUUGCAAGUUGGCCCUAUGAGCUGGGUAAAGUAAGGUGGACAGGUCCAACUUUAUUCAUCAGGGGUCUGCAAUCGGAUUAUGUCCCUGAUGACAUCAUACCGGAGAUUGCCAUGUUUUUCCCUAAUUUCGAAAUCAGAGACAUUGACUGUGGACAUUGGGUGAUUAGUGAAUCUCCCGAUAAUUUUAUGGAUGUUUUACAGGAAUAUAUAGAAAGAAAAGAAGACAAUUGA